GAAAACCAGGCACCGAGAAGCCUCGCCUCCUCGACGACGAGGAAGGCGGUGCGCCUUUUCUGUCAUCUUUUUUCUCUUCCUCUUCUUCUGGGUACACUCAUUUUCUUUCGUUUUCUCAUUUCUUCUUCCAAUUAUAUAUCCUUCAGCGCCUAUGAGGUGUAUGAAUGUGGUUGAAUUGUAUGCGUGUUCUACAAAUAUGGGUUUGCGAGUAUUGUGAAGCAGUGGCAGAGACUGCCGGCAUCCAAUUACAGAACCGCCAUUCUCUAUUUGGUGGAGAUUCAUGCUGCUACCAUCAUUGUUGGCGAAACGGGUAGCGACGAACCAAGUUAAGAUUCGCUGCUUGCCGAGGUCUGCUCCUUUUGUCAUCUUUUUGGUUCCUGUUCUAAAGAAAUUUAUGGGAUGUACAAGAACAUCAGAGGAUCACAAGAAGUUUAUAUCCAUCCAUGAUAUAUACUAUUCAGGGUCAAUCUGAAGUGGGUUGUAAUACCAUUCUGUUGUAUCUACUGAUCAGCAAUAAUAUGUGGCCAAUGUCAUUCCCAUCAAUCCUCUUGGUUAACAGAAGCUGCUCCACAUUUUUACCAGCAGCAAUGGAACAAUCCCAUGUAUGAAUAUAUAUUAUUGUAUAUUCCCCGCAUGAAUUUUUGAAUUCUCUUGAGGAGUUCAUGAGCAGAUUAAGGUGAUUUAUUUUCUAAACAAUAUGGUCUAAUCUGUUAUGAGGUCUUCUUAUGGAAUCCUUUUUUCCCUUGUUGAAAAUAGAAUGAAAUCAUCUUC